CUGGCCCCGGCCCCGGCGGCUCCAUCGCGGCCGCGGCCCCGCCGCCCCCCGCCAUGCCGCCCGCCCGCGCCGACUACCUGGCGCCGUGGUGGGCGGCCUGGCUCCACGGGCUGCCGCACCGCGGCCUGCGCCUCCAGCCCGUCCCCUCCGCCUUCCGACCGCGGGACCCCGACUACCAGCAGUCGCUGCUUUUCCUUGGCUUGGUGGCUGCCGUCUGCCUCGGCCUCAACCUCCUCUUCCUCACUGUCUACCUGAUCUGCCUCUGCUGCUGCAAGAGGGACCAGGAGCCCGAGACCAAGCGGCCCCACUCCUGCUGCGUCACCUGGAUGGCCGUCACCGCCGGGCUCAUCUGCUGCACGGCCGUCGGCAUCGGCUUCUACGGCAACAGCGAGACCAACGACGGGGUGUACCAGCUGCUCUACGCCCUGGACCACGCCAACCACACAAUCACCGGCAUCGACUCCCUGGUGGCGGGCACCACGCAGCAGAUGCAGGUGGGGUUGGAGCAGCACCUGGCGCGGCUGAACGAGCUGCUGGCCACGCGGGGGGACUACCUGCAGACCCUCAAGUUCAUGCAGCAGUUGGCCGGCAGCAUCGUCCUUCAGCUCUCAGGGCUGCCCGUCUGGCGGGGGGCUAGCGCCGAGCUCACCGUGCUGGCCAGCCACGUCUCCUACGUGGAGUAUUACCGGUGGUUGGCUUAUCUCCUCUUCUUCAUCCUUGUCCUCACCGUCUGCCUCCUGGCCUGCCUGGGGCUGGCCAAGCGCUCCCGUUGCCUCCUCACCACGAUGCUGUGCUGCGGGCUGCUGACGCUCAUCCUCAGCUGGGCCUCCAUGGCCGUGGACACGGCAGCAGCAGUGGGCACCAGCGACUUCUGCGUGGCUCCGGACAAGUUCAUCAUGAACCAGACGGAGAGCGACAUCAGCGCAGAAGUGGUUCACUAUUACCUGUACUGUGACCAGAGCCUGAGCAACCCCUUCCAGCAGGCUCUCACCGUCUUCCAGCGCUCGCUCACCACCAUGCAGAUCCAGAUCCAGGGCCUGAUACAGUUUGCACUGCCUCUCUUCCCCACGGCCGAGAAAGACCUGCUGGGGGUCCAGCAGCUCCUGAACUCCUCAGAGACCAGCCUGCACCAGCUCACGGCCAUGCUGGACUGCCGGGGGCUGCACAAGGACUACCUGGACGCCCUUAUCGGCAUCUGCUACGACGGGGUGGAGGGUUUGCUCUACUUGGUCCUCUUCUCCCUGCUGGUGGCCGCCUCCUUCUCCACCAUCAUCUGUGCCACGCCACGCGCCUGGAAGCACUUCACUGGCCGGGACCGGGACUACGAUGACAUGGACGAGGAAGACCCCUUCAACCCGCAGGCCCGUCGCAUCGCCACCCACAACCCGGCCCGGGGGCAGCUCCGCAGCUUCUGCAGCUACAGCAGCAGCCUGGGCAGCCAGAGCAGCCUGCACCCCCCGGCGCAGACCAUCUCCAACGCCCCCGUCUCUGAGUACAUGAACCAAGCCGUGCUCUUCGGUGGUAACCCGCGCUACGAGAACGUCCCCCUGAUCGGCAGAGGCUCUCCUCCUCCCACGUACUCCCCGAGCAUGCGAGCCACCUACCUGUCCGUCACCGAUGAGCACAUCAGGCAGCACGGCACCGAGUUCCCAGCCUAACGCGCUCGCCCCGAGCAGCUCGCGGGAGGAGAAAAUGCCACCGGCGUUUCUGUAACGGAAACCAAAGACACCUGGAAAAGACGCGGUGGGAAGCCCAACGGUGGCCGGAGGAUGAGCCCCGGUGGCGGGGAGACCCCCGCGUGCUCUGCGCGCCCUCCUCUCCCCCUCGGCAGCUUCUGCUCAGUCUCAAGUCUUCCUGCCUUACGGCUGACAGUGACUCCGGGGCCGAAUGCCAGCCGGCAGCACGGCAGCACCGCGGCCAGGCUCCUGGUGCACCAGGAAGACCGGAGAUGCUUCAAGCCCCUGCGUCGGCUUCUCCUUUCCCUUCCCGUCUGCACCAGCUCGGGGAUGUUUUACGCCACGGAGGGGAGCCUUCUCCAGCUCCCCCUGCCUGGAGCACCGAACCUGGGGCCAUGGGCUGCCCCCCAGCACCAGCCCCUUGGGGAGGGGUCCGGGCUCCUUCGCUCCCGUAGCAAUGCAGUACCAACCACUAGUGAUCCCAGCGCCCGCGGGUGGCUUUGCUACCCCCUGACGGCUCCCCUCUGCCAAGCUCCCGCUCCGCAUGGGCAGAGCCGGCUCCCCGUGCCCCCCUCGCUGUCCCCCAGCCGGAGCCGCCCCAGCCCCGCGUUCAGAGGCUGUAGAAUUAGGGAUGUUUUGGCCUUGCUGGUUUUCCUUUGCUUUGCUUCUGGGUUUUUUUGAGUCCUCUGCAAGGCAGAGGCGCGGUUCGACUCGCUGCCUCUGUCCCAGCGUGGUUUUACUGCAGUGCAUGUUGGUUGCAGGCUUUUGGCUGGUUUCUAGGCUCUGUUUGGUAAUUCGGCUCCCCGGGGCGGGCAGGCCAGCAGCAUGGGCUGGGGCAGGCUCCCCUCCUUCUGCAGGACAGCCCUGGUGUAACCAGAAAUCCCCUGGGAGAGGGUCAGGGACUACUCCGGCAUCCCUGGGGCAGGAUGCAGUCUCGGGGAGGGCAUGGUCCUGCCGCCUUCCCUGGGCGAGUUCAGCUCUCGUAGCCACAUUGGGCAAUGCGGCGGUGGCUUAGCCAGGGCUGGGUUUGCCCCAGGGCUCUUCCUCACCGCAAAGGCUGUACCUUGCUGCAGGUGGGCAAAGGCUUUCCCUGUCUGAUUGCAAUUAGCGGCUUGUGCUGCUGGUGGUGGUUAUCCAUCCCUGCCUCCCUGCUUUGGCUAACAGUGCUGCAGCCAGGCAGCCCCCCGGGGUGGCCAUGCUGUGCCCCUCAGGCCAGCCGGGCGGGGGGGUCUUACUUGAUAGCAGUGACUCACUGUGUCUUUUAAAGAUAACUUUGUACAUACCCUUGGGUCCCCUAACACCGUCUGUCCGUGUUGCGUGUGACUAGCAUUACUUGCUGUUGGAAACUUCCAGGGGACGAGUUUUUUGGGGGUUUGUUUUGUUUUGGUUUUUUUUUUUUUUGGCUUUUAAUGUUUCGAUGUAACGGUACUGGUAGAAGAGCUGUUUUUAAACGCAUGUGAACUAACCUCAUUAGGACUCUGUCUAGGGGCUGGAGUCCGGCCUGAUUUGUAUGUGCCCUUUGGGGGAAACGACAAUAAA